AUGUCUUCGACUCGCCCCACCACCUGGCUCGUCACCGGUGCCUCCCGCGGCAUCGGCUUCGAGAUCGUCCGCCAGCUGCUCGAGUCCCCCUCCAACCUCGUCGUCGCCGCCUGCCGCACGCCCGACAAAGCAACUGCACUCAGCGCCCUCAAGGAGAGCGCAAAGGGGACGCUGCACAUCGUGCAGCUCGACACGAGCGACUUCGACAGCGUGCGCGCGCUCCCAGCGCAGCUCGAGCCUAUCCUCGGGUCCAUUGGGCUCGACUACCUGAUCAAUAACGCUGGCAUCAGCGUACACGACACCGCAUUCGCCUUCGAUCCCGAAUCAAUGCUCACCGUCCUCCGCACGAACGCGAUCGGGCCCGCGCUCGUCUCGCAAGUCACCCUCCCCUUCCUCGAAAAAGGCGGCGCGAAGAAGAUCCUGCACGUGUCGAGCACACUCGGGAGCGUCGCGAGCGCGGACGAGUUCGGCGCGCGCGGCGCGUCGUACUCCAUGAGCAAGUCUGCGCUGAACAUGCUCACGUACAAGCAGAAAGCGGAGCGCCCCGACAUUAUCGCGAUCACGCUCUGCCCAGGGUGGGUCAAGACCGAUAUGGGCACGCAGGCUGCGCGGCUCGAGCCCGCGGAGAGCGUCGCGGGCAUCCUGAAGGUGAUCACGUCCGCGACCGCGGAGGACAGCGGGAAGUACAUCCGGUACAACGGGGAGAUUAUUCCGUGGUAA